AUGGUGGCCAAGAUCUCUAUGUUCUGGGCUGGGGUUAGGCGGGCUAGGAGGGCUAGGCGGGCUAGGCGGUCGCUAGGCGGGGUCAAGGUGGGCGCUAGGCGGUCUAGGCGGGCGCUGCGCCUAGAAAAAAAAAACGCCAUUUUGGAAUCUCCAAGGUCAGGGAAGAGAUCACGAUGGUGCUAUGAGCGAGAGACAGAGAGAUGA